UUGAUCUACGGCUACGAUAUAACCGCCUUAUAAGCAUAGGUUCCCCUAUAAAUACACACCUAUCCUCUUCUCUCUUCUUCAUCAAUUCAGAAAACCAAAAGUCAAAUACUUGUUCGGUCGGUCUUAUUCCACAACAUCUUCAGAGAGAAUCAAAGAGCUUUCUAAGUUUACAUGGUUGAGCUAGACAUCCAGGUUCCAUUAGCGUAUGACCCUUUUGCAGAAGCCCAAGACUCAGAUGCACCGGGUACCAAAGAGUACAUCCACAUACGUAUCCAGCAGAGGAAUGGAAAGAAGAGCUUAACAACGGUUCAAGGUCUGAAGAAAGAGUACAGCUACGAGAAGAUUCUCAAGGAUCUGAAGAAGGACUUUUGCUGCAACGGGAACGUUGUGGAGGAUAAGGUGCUAGGAAAGAUUAUUCAGCUUCAGGGUGAUCAGAGGAAGAAAGUUUCUAACUUUUUGGCUCAGACUGGGAUUGCCAAGAAGGAUCAGAUUAAGAUCCACGGGUUUUAGAUUCGUAUUAGAAACGGGAUCGUUUGUUUAUCUUUAUCUAUCUCUAUAUUAAUAACUGGAUGCGGUGUAUGUGACCAUUAGAAGUUCUUAAUUAAGGGUGGUUUUUUUUUUUUUUUUUUUUGAAGCUUUGGGUUUUUUGUUUCUCAGUUUGAUUGCUGAAGUUGUGUGGGAUGUUUUUGACUUGUGCAAUGAUAAAAUUUCCGAUUGUUCUA